AUGCCAUUCAGUAAUUUAUUAGAAUCUUGUAAAUAUCAUCCCGGUGAACCAUAUUUUCACGAUGCCAAAAAGCAAUGGACAUGUUGCAAAAAAUACAGCACAGAUUUUGGUGAUUUUCUCAGGUUAGAAGGUUGUACGGUGGGUCCUCACAAUCCGGAAAAACCGCAAGUAGUUGAGGAACCUAAACCAAAAGCAGAAGUUAUUGCCACUCCUCCUCCUCCCAAGCCUUUAGUCUUAAAACCCCCGACUGAAAGACCUACUUCUGACGCACCUCUUCAAAAGCUUGCUAUUAACGUUUCACCAAGUUUAACAAAAUAUCAGGAGUCCAUAAAUAAUGAGGGCUCUAAUUCCGUUACCAAUAAAAGUGGCAUUAAGAACUGUCGUAAUUCAGGUUGCAAGGCAGUUUAUCAUGGGAUUGAAAGCGAUACAGAGACCUGCCUAUACCAUUCUGGUGUUCCUGUUUUCCAUGAAGGAUGCAAAUAUUGGAGCUGCUGUAAGCGAAAAACAACAGAGUUUGAGGCAUUCCUCAACCAACCAGGUUGUACCUCCGGUAGGCAUGUUUGGUCCUCAGAGGAAGUUGCGACAACUACUGGUACUGUAAUUGCUCCGACUACAUCUCAGUGCAGAUUCGAUUGGUUCCAAAUGUCUGGAACUGUCACUCUUUCAAUAUAUGCGAAGAAUAUCAUACCUGAAUCGACUGACGUUCGCUGUAAUGAAGUUUUUCUAAAGGUGUCCCUUGUCUAUGGUGGAGGAAAAGAGCUCUUUGAACGCAGUUUCAACCUCUAUGGGGUUAUUAAUCCAUCUACUUCGAAGCUCAACUUGACGCCGACAAAGGCGGAAAUCGUGAUGAGAAAGGCAGAGGCCUGUUCUUGGCCAACUCUAGAAUUGGCCAUUUCAAAGACAAAAAAUUCUAAGGAGAGUGAAAGUGCCGACGAACAUUAG